CUGUCCAGAGACAUGGAGAUCAAGAACCACAGCAGCAGUACCUCACCCUUCAUCCUCCUGGGCCUCUCUUCCAACCCACAGCUGCAGAAGCCACUCUUUGCCAUCUUCCUCUUCAUGUACCUGGUCACCAUAGUAGGGAAUGUGCUCAUCAUCCUGGCCAUCCACUCUGACUCCAGGCUCCACACCCCUAUGUACUUUUUUCUCAGCAAUUUAUCCUUCAUGGACAUCUGCUUUACAACAGUCAUUGUGCCCAAGAUGCUGAGGAAUUUACUCUCAGACACAAAGGCUAUCUCCUACGUGGGCUGCCUGGUUCAGAUGUACUUCUUCAUGGCCUUUGGUAAUACUGACAGCUACCUGCUAGCCUCCAUGGCCAUUGACCGGCUGGUGGCCAUCUGCAACCCCUUCCACUAUGAUGUGGCUAUGAGCCCACGGCGUUGCCUCCUCAUGCUGUUGGGUUCAUGUACCAUCUCCCACCUGCAUGCCUUGUUCCGGGUGCUACUCAUGUCUCGCCUCUCUUUCUGUGCCUCCCAUGUCAUUAAGCACUUUUUUUGUGACACCCAGCCUGUGUUAAAACUCUCCUGCUCUGACACAUCCUCCAGCCAGAUUGUGGUCAUGACUGAGACCCUGGCUGUCAUCGUGACCCCCUUCCUGUGCAUCCUCUUCUCCUACCUACGAAUCAUCAUCACUGUGCUCAGAAUCCCCUCUGUAGCUGGCAAGUGGAAAGCCUUCUCCACCUGCGGCUCCCACCUCACCGUCGUGGUGCUCUUCUACGGGAGUGUCAUCUAUGUCUACUUUAGGCCUCUGUCCAUGUACUCGGUGGUGAAGGACCGGAUAGCCACAGUUAUGUACACGGUGGUGACUCCCAUGCUGAACCCUUUCAUCUACAGCCUGAGGAACAAAGAUAUGAAGAGAGGUUUGAGGAAAUUAAGGGACAGAAUUCACUUAUAG